GAGGGAAUUUCCAUCAAGCGGCAGGCAUUGCUAGUAGAGCACCUACCACACAAGAGGAGAGCUUCAAGAUGGCGCAAGCAAUAUUUGAGGUGCUCGAAGGCAUGGACAACCAGACAGUGCUGGCCGUCCAGUCUCUGCUGGAUGGCCAAGGUGGAGUUCCUGACCCGAACAGCCAAAAUGUCUCUGCGACGCCUGCCAUCCAGCCAAUGGAUGACGAAGACGUGUUCCUGUGUGGGAAGUGUAAAAAACAGUUCAAUUCUCUGCCUGCCUUCAUGACGCACAAGAGGGAGCAGUGCCAGCCUGGGGCCCCCUCCCUCUCCACGGUGUCCCUGGCCUCCAGCAAUGCCUACGCGCCGGUCCCCUCAGUCAGCUCCGUACCCCAGGCUCCCGCUAACAGACAGGUGUCGACCUACAUCACAGUCCCUCCGUCUCCUCUGACUCACACCCUGGUCCAAGGCAACGUGCUGGUGAGCGAUGACGUCCUCAUGUCGGCCAUCUCAGCUUUCACCUCCAUCGACCAGCCCCUGGCAGCCAUGCAGACGCCCAUACAGAGUAACCUGAGCAUGCACACGGCAGGGGUGUCUUACCUUCAGCACCAUCAUCAUCACCAUCAUCACCAUCAGCAGCAGCAGCAGCAGACUUCCCACCCUCUGCCCUCCAGCCAGGCACCAGCCCACCCCCUGCCAGCCGGACAGCCCACCCAGCCUCUCUCCUCCCAGGUCCCGGUGAGCCACAGCAACUCGGUGGUGCAGGUUUACAGCGCCAUGCCCCACAUGGCCGGACCGGCUGCCGGCGGCGGGGGUGGCGCGGCAGAGAUCCAUACGUUAGGUCUGCCAGCUUUCCAUCCUUCCCAGUGUGUGGAAGGCCAGCCGUUCAGCAGCGCUCCGGUCUACAGUCCUGGGAAGCAGGGCAGCAAAGCGAAGAGCUGCGGCAACAUGGUGGAGCUGAGUGACUUUGAAAAAGUCAUCAUACCCAAACAGCCCAGGAGCAGCAAAAAAGCCACGGAUGGAGCAACAGCAGAGCACCCGAAGGGAAAAGGUCCAAAGCUGAAGUGCAAUUUCUGCGACAAGUUUUUCUCCAAGAACUUUGACCUGCAGCAGCACAUCAGGAGCCACACCGGGGAGAAACCGUUUCAGUGCAUCGUCUGUGGACGGGCCUUCGCCCAAAAGUCCAACGUGAAGAAACACAUGCAGACUCACAAGGUGUGGCCGAUGAGCGUGGCGAACACCGUGUCCCGCCUGCCGAUCACGGUCAAGGUGGUGCCGCUGUCUUUCGUCGAGGAGGAACGGAUCGGGGAGCAGCAGAAGCGAGGCGCCGGGGACCAGGGCGGGCCGGAGCAAGCGCGAGCAGAGCAAGAGUCGACACCAAGAGCAGAUUUUCAGCCAACUCGCCCCCCGGUUACAGAGGCACCGGGGGAGGAGGCCCCGGCGGAGGCAGAAGCCGACCCGGCCGGCGGCGGCGGGGGGGAAGACGCGCGGGGCGCUCCCCCUCAGGCCCUGUCUGAGCAGAACCAGCAGGGCGACGCUCACACCAAGCAGAUCGUGGUGAUAGACAGCUCCUACCAGUGCCAGUUCUGCGGCAGCAAGUUCAAGACCUACUUCCAGCUCAAGUCUCACCUGACGCAGCACAAAGGCGAGCAGGUUUAUAAGUGUGUGCUGAAGAGCUGCUCCCAGACCUUCCAGAAGCUGGACCACUUCCUGGAGCACAUCCGGACGCACCAGGAGCAGCUGACGUACCGCUGCCACCUCUGCAGCAAGGUCUUCCCCUCCCUGUUCGAGCUGGGAGUCCACCAGUACUCCCACUGCUUCUGCUCCCAGCAGAGCGCGCGCAAGGAGACGAGCGUCUACAGGUGUGUGAAAUGCCAGAGCAGGUAUUCAACCCAGGAAGCUCUGGAACAACACCUGCUGACCGCCUCCCACAGCUUCCCCUGCCCACACUGUCAAAAGGUCUUCCCGUGUGAGAGAUACUUCCGGCGCCACCUGCCCACUCAUGGCGUCGGAGGAAGAUUCAAGUGUCAGAUCUGCAAGAAGGCCUUCAAGACAGAGCACUACCUCAAACUGCACACUCGGAUUCACUCAGGUGAAAAGCCGUACAAGUGUUCCCUCUGUGAGGCGACGUUCAACAGAAAGGACAAAGUCAAGAGACACAUGCUCAUCCACGAGCCUUUUAAGAAAUAUAAGUGUCCCUUCAGGACACACGUAGGCUGCACCAAAGAAUUCAACCGACCAGACAAACUGAAAGCUCACAUCCUGUCCCAUUCUGGUAUCAAACCCUACAAGUGUCUGUUUUGUCAGAAGGCGUUCAGCCGCAGGGCUCACAUGCUCGAGCACCAGCAGUCCCACACAGACAACUACAGGUUCAGGUGCGCCGCCUGCAACAAGGGCUUCACCAGGCAGAGCUACUACCGGGAUCACAAAUGUCCCACAGCGGGAGAGCGGACAGCAACAGAGGACAGGGCAGAGGAAGACGAGGAGGCGGCAGGAGCGUCGGCGGUUGAGGAGCAGGAAGGAGGGCACGAUGGGAGGAGAAGCAGGUUCAGAAGGAAAUCCAAAAGGCCGCCGACUGAUGGGGAGGAUCUGGAGGAAGAGGACUGCUCUGGGGAAGACCAAGAGGAUGCAGAAAGACAGGGGGAGGAGGAGGGGGGUGGCUGCCGGCCUGCCAUCGCUACCAUUGAGGGGCAGACUGAGAGCGGGGGGGAGGAGGAGCGUGGCAGGGUGGACAAUGGCGGCGAGCUGCAGACACACACUGGCAGCAACGCCCAGAACAGUUUACAGAGGCAGCUAUGUCUGUAGUGCAAAGCAGCACGAUGGUGAAAACCUUGGACAGAUUUCCUGGAAAGGCCCGUUACCAACCAAGCUCAGUUAUGAGAAGAAAACAUGAAUACGGGAUGACUGGGAAAUUAGUACAUUUGUUUUACAUUAAAACUAGAACAUUGUUUCUGAUGUUUUAUGCUGUUCCAUGAAUUGGAUCCGGUUUGUCUACAUAAAGGAAUUAUUUCCCCAUUGUUCUGUAGACUAUAAUUAAAAAGGAACUUCUGCCAGUA